UGAGCAGAUCACAACUGCACAAAAGUACUGCUACUCUACUGUUCACCAUGAAGAGGCUCUUGGCCAGCAGAAACCGCAAAGACAGAACUCCACUUAUAGAAGCCAACAACAAUAAUGAUUGUCCAGAGAGACACGCUCCGUACCUUGACACUCCAGCGAUUCAAAACUCCAUCAACGCAAAUGAAGACUGGACCAGAAACCAGGCCAGAGACCAGACCAGGGACCAGACCAGAGACCAGGCCAGAGACCAGACCAGAGACCAGACUAGAGACCAGACCAGAGACCAGACCAGGGACCAGACCAGAGACCAGACCAGGGACCAGACCAGAGACCAGACCAGAGACCAGACCAGAGACCACACCAGGGACCAGACCAGGGACCAGACCAGAGACCAGACCAGAGAUCAGAUCAGGGACUUAAGUAGAGACCAGACCACAGACCAGACCACAGACCAAACCACAGACCAGACCAGGGAUCAGUCCAGUCCUCCGUCCUUGAGCCUGGAGAGUCUGUGUGCAGUCCUGGGGGUUAGUCCUGGUCUCUCUGUGGUCCACUAUCGCUCUGGUCUAGACUCAGGUCAGGUCUUGGACUUGGAUUACACUGAGUUCCUGAUUGAAGAGUCUGUGCGCAUUCACGUUCCACAGAAAGAGCUGGAGACAGAGCCACAGCGCCACCUUCAGGCCUUACAGAGCACUGUGCUACAUGAGCUGCUCAGACUGGGCCCUCUGCUGGAGCCCUGGGGGCUGAUGGGAAAUCUGACACAGAAGUACCACCAUGGUCUGAUCUCUCACAUGAAGAACCUACUGGUACAGACCUGCACCACUAAGACCUGCUUCCAGCUGCUCCGGUGGGCCCACACUCAGUACCUCAGUCCAGACCUGUUCCUUCACCCGGACCUAAACCAGGACCAGACCUGGAACUUGGACCUGGUUCUUCUGAGCGACUGGGUCCAAGAUGCUCAGAAGCGGCUCACAGACCUGCAGGAGGUGGAGGUUUGGGGUCAGCUCCAGCUCACUCUGCAAUAUGACCAAGAGCCCUGUGAGAGCCUAGAGCACUAUACCAGGACCUAUGUGGAUGUCAUACAGUGCAUUGAGGCGGCUCCCUCUGUAGCUCAGACCUUCAGCCCCUCUCUGUCUCUGAAACUGUCUCAGCUCUGUCUGCAGCUGCUGCACUCAUUCACAAACAGUUACAGGGAGCACUGGUUCCAGAUUUUGAGCAAAAAGAAAUUGUUUAAAUCGGAGUUGGUGACAUUUUUUAAAAUUCUGAAAACCUGCAAAGAAAUCAAGAAACACAUCCAGACUAAAUAUAAAAAGCAAGAUGGAAGUGUUAAAGAAACUGUGUCUCUGCUCGAGGAAAUAGAAACUUUUACUUUGGAGAUUCUUCACAAAGAUUUGGCUGCCUUCACUGAGAGAGCUUUGAAGAAAUACUUUGGGUUGAAUCACACGAACAGAAUCUUGAUUGAUGAGCUGGAGAAGUUUUUCACUGUGAAGCCGUGGCUCAGUUUGGAGGAACAUGAGGAUGUGUUGUCUGACUGCUACAGGCUCGUAGUGUCUCUGUACAUUCAGCACAUGAGGAGCUUCUCUCUGCGCAGACUGAGGAAGAACUGGAGCCCAAACAUGGACUCCUCUGUGACCGAAGACGCACAGCUCAUUCACAAAACCAUCAGCAGCCAGUGCCCUGGAGUGAAAAAGUGGAACAUUUUAUUGCAUUUUGUCAGUGAAGUGAUAAAGACAGAAGACAUAGAUGCCAUCAAAAUAUCAACUGGGGAUCUGCUGAAAAAAUGCAAGGAGAAUGAUCUCAAAUUGGACAUGUCUCUCCCGAUCGGCCUCCUUCAGUGGAAAGGUCUGUCCCGAAGUAGAAUUGAAGAAGUCCUGAAUUCUCUGAUGGACCUGGACUCGGAUCUGGACUUGGAUCUGGACUUCCUCCUGCCCUCCGGAUGCUGCGUUGGAUAAAGGACAGAAGGUUUUCAAGUCCAAACACCACAAUGUGAAUAUUUCACAUCCCAAAGUGUCAUCACAGUUGUUUUACUGUGAAUAGGAAUUAUUUUAAAUAUUUUCCAUUCCUGAGUAACUGUAACUGUAACGGUGCAAUGUGAGUGAACAAGCACUAGAGGGCGUCUCACACAGCACAUUUUAUUUUGCUGUGGUGAAGCUUGAUUUCUUUAAAAACAUGUAACAUUUGUUUUCUUCAUGUUUAUUUUGAGAAGUACUUAAAUACUUAAAGGUACACUAUGUAACUUUCUGGAGGUGGCAUGUCACCUGCAUGAUUCCAUGGAAUUAUAAAUAAUAAAGUUAAAACCAUGUUGAUAGGUUUCAUGCCAUACUGGGAUUUAGAUUACAGCCUAAUAAGAGUCAGGUUUGUGGAGAAGCAAGCCCGCUCAGAGUAAUGACACAGGCCUGCAAUGAACACAACCAAAAGCACAAAACAUGAUUUUAUUUUAAUCGAUUUUGUGGUUAAAAAGUUCCAUACGAUGGCUUUAAUAGCUUGUUCUGUCCUACUGUUUAUUUUAUGUAUUUAUUUAAGUUUAUUUAUUUUCUAUUUAUUAUUUAUUGUCUUAUUCUGUAUCUUUGAGAGAUUUUUGUACAUGAGAGAUCUGAAGGGGAUUUGAUUUGGUUUAGCAGUUUCUUUUGUAUAUUUCUGAUCAGGGAAAUUGUGUUGUUUUGAGAAUUUUCUUGGAAAAUAAUAAACUUUUUGG